AUGUUCAAGCCUUCUCAGCCGAUGAUGGCGCGUCUGCGCCUGACUACGAAGCAGGUCAACGGCGGAUACUACAAGGGAACCCGGACCGGGUCGAUGGGAUACUUUGCAAAGAACGGCUCGUAUGUGAUUGACUGGAAGAAGGUGCGCACGUAUGUCGUGCCCGAGGAUCUGGAUGCAUUCAAGCUCACCCCCUUCGUCACGAAACGCAUGGCACCCACGCAAAGCAAGUACACGAAAGAGAUCGAAAAGGACGGUCUACCGGUCACCCUGGAGCGGGCGUUGGAGGGGAAGGACUAUCUGGCGCUGUGGGCGUCGGACAACGGACAGGAGGUGUUUGAGAAGGAACGCAUUGAAGAAGAGGGACGCCAAUGA